UAUGAUAUUUACGGCCGUAUUUAUUUAGUUAUUUAUUCAUUUAUUUUAUAUAUUAUUGUCCAUUUAUAACACUCUCGUGACUCUCACCAUUGUCUUCUCUUUUUGGUUUUCCAUUUCCUUCAGCUUCGGCCACCCCCGCUCAGGCCCAGCUCAAUACUCACCCAUAGAUCUCUCUUAACUGUUUUCUGCGCCUUGGCCCUUGGGUUGCAAUGCAGUGCCAUUGCCAGACUGUAGUUGAUUUGGGUAAAUAUUAUGGUUAGGCUUGAGUAGUGCAAUCCCUACUCAGAAAUCAACAUUUUCUGUAGUCCUUAUAUAAUUGAGGGGCAGAAAGGAACGAGCAGAGCAUCCUUGGUUUUAGUCUUGCAGAUUCCCGUCAAAUGCCCAUUGACACGCUGCCCUCCAUGACCCAAAGUAUGAGAGCAAGUAGGUCUUCUUUUAGCUCUAGCAAUGGGCAUGAAGAAGUUCCUUUUCACAGUGCUGCUUCUGUUUCAAAUGGGGACGAUUACGAUAGUGAUGGCUCCAACUUUGCACCUUCUACACCAAGUGCAUUGUCCAUGGCAGUUCCUGCAGAACUUGCUGGUGCAAUACCCUUGAUUGAUAGAUUUCAGGUGGAAGCAUUCUUAAGAAUGAUGCAGAAACAGAUUAAUUCUUCUGGAAAGCGUAGUUUUUUCUCUAAAAAGUCUGUAGGCACUCAAGUUAGAGAAAAGUUCACAUUCGAGGAUAUGUUGUGUUUCCAAAAGGAUCCUAUUCCAACUUCACUACUUAAAAUUAAUAGUGACCUGGUAAACCGAGCAACGAAAAUGUUCCAUAUGAUUUUGAAGUACAUGGGAGUUGAUUCAUCUGAACGAGUAACUUCAGUAGGCUUCGAUGAACGGGUUGAGCUUGUUUUGAAACUAUAUAAGCAAACUUUGAAGCGUGCAGAGCUUCGAGAUGAAUUAUUUGUUCAGAUUUCCAAACAAACAAGGAACAAUCCUGAUAGGCAAAACUUGAUCAAAGCAUGGGAACUGAUGUAUUUAUGUGCAUCUUCCAUGCCUCCUAGCAAAGACAUUGGUGGAUAUUUAUCUGAGUAUGUUCACAAUGUCGCCCACAGUGCCAAUGAUUCUGAGGUCCAAACACUUGCAUUAAAUAUGUUAAAUGCUUUGAAGCGGUCUGUCAAAGCUGGCCCCCGCAAUACAAUACCAGGACGGGAAGAAAUUGAAGCCAUUUUAACUAAUCGAAAGCUGACAACUAUUGUGUUUUUCUUGGAUGAAACUUUUGAAGAAAUAACAUAUGACAUGACUACAACUGUGUCUGAUGCUGUUGAGGAGCUAGCAAAUAUAAUUAAACUAUCAGCUUAUUCUAGCUUCAGCCUGUUUGAAUGUCGUAAAGUUGUUAAUGGUUCCAAGUCUGCUGAUCUUGGGAAUGAGGAAUACAUUGGGUUAGAUGAUAAUAAGUAUAUUGGUGACCUGCUGGCGGAAAUCAAGGCAGCCAAGGAACGAAGUAAAGGGGAAAUAUUACAAUGUAAACUCAUAUUUAAAAAGAAGCUCUUUCGGGAGUCCGAUGAAGCUGUGACGGAUCCAAUGUUUGUACAACUUUCCUAUUUUCAAUUACAACAUGAUUACAUUUUGGGCAAUUAUCCUGUUGGAAGAGAUGAUGCUGUGCAGUUGUCUGCAUUACAGAUCUUGGCUGAGAUUGGGUUUGUUUGUAGCCCUGAAUCGUGCACUGACUGGAAUACUCUCCUAGAAAGAUUCCUUCCUAGACAAAUUGCACUUACUCGAGCAAGACGAGAAUGGGAAUUGGAUAUUCUUUCUCGUUACCGUUCCAUGGAACAUCUUACAAAAGAUGAUGCAAGACAACAAUUUCUUCGAAUAUUGAGGACACUUCCUUAUGGGAGUUCAAUUUUCUUCAGUGUUCGCAAAAUUGAUGAUCCAAUUGGACUUUUGCCUGGACGGAUAGUUUUGGGUAUCAACAAGCGUGGGGUUCACUUUUUCCGUCCUGUUCCCAAGGAGUAUUUACAUUCAGCUGAAUUAAGAGACAUAAUGCAGUUUGGCAGCAGCAAUACUGCUGUAUUUUUCAAGAUGCGAGUUGCUGGUGUUCUUCACAUAUUUCAGUUUGAAACUAAACAGGGGGAAGAAAUCUGUGUUGCUCUUCAAACACACAUAAAUGAUGUCAUGUUACGCCGUUACUCAAAAGCUCGAUCUGUUGCUAAUGGCUCUGUAAAUGGAGAUGUUUCUAACAAUUUUAAGCCUCCUAGUCUAGAAGUGUAUGAGAAGCGUGUUCAGGAUUUAUCAAAAGCUGUUGAAGAAUCUCAAAAGAACACUAAUCAAUUGUUGGGAGAAUUGCAUGAGAAGCAAAAGCAGGAGUUGAAAACACAAGAAGAAUUGGAGUGUCUUAAAAAUGCCUUGAGGAAAGAGAAGGAAGACUUAAUGGAGGUUAUGUUGGACCGUGAUAGAAUUAGAUCAUUAUGUGAAGAAAAGGAUACUGCUCUUCAGGCUGCUCUGUUAGAGAAGAAGACGGUGGAAGUUAGGUUGGCUAAGUUAGGUAAUCUAGCUUUAGAGAACAAUGCCAAAGGGAACAUGGCUGUAACAGUAAAUGAGCCGCUGCACAAGCUCCAAGACGAAUUGAAACUUCGUAAUGAGGAGUUGCAUAUGGCUGUGGAAAAGACAAAAAGACUAACAAAUGAGAAGGUCAUUUUGGAACAGAGAAUUACUGAGCUAGAAAGGAAGAAAGAUGAAGAGGUGAAAAUUCUGAAGAAGAGCUAUGAGCAAGAAUGCAGAUCCUUAAAGUUUCAGAUGUCUGAACUUGGAAUGAAGUUGGAAAGGGUUACCAAUGAGUUGGCUGUUUCAGAGUCAACCCUUGCAGUUAGAAAUGCAGAUUUUUCUGCCCUGCAGAAUAACUUAAAAGAAUUAGAGGAACUGAGGGAAAUGAGAGAGGAUAUUGAUAGAAAGAAUGAGCAAACUGCUGCCAUCUUGAAGAUGCAAGGGGCUCAACUUGCUGAAUUAGAAGUGCUUUAUAAGGAAGAACAAAUUUUAAGAAAGCGAUAUUUUAAUACUAUAGAAGACAUGAAAGGCAAGGUUAGAGUGUUUUGCCGCUUAAGGCCUUUAAAUGAGAAAGAGAUGCUUGAAAAGGAAAGAAAAGUGCUAAUGGGCUUGGAUGAAUUCACUGUCGAACAUCCAUGGAAGGAUGAUAAAGCAAAACAACACAUGUAUGAUCGUGUCUUUGAUGACAGUGCCACCCAAGAAGAUAUCUUUGAGGAUACAAGGUACUUGGUUCAAUCAGCUGUAGAUGGGUACAAUGUCUGCAUAUUUGCUUAUGGUCAAACUGGUUCUGGAAAGACAUUUACAAUAUAUGGAUCAGAUAACAAUCCUGGAUUGACACCUCGAGCUAUUGCAGAACUUUUCAAAAUUUUAAGGCGUGAUAGCAACAAAUUCUCAUUUUCAUUGAAGGCAUAUAUGGUGGAGUUAUACCAGGAUACACUUGUAGACUUGUUAUUACCAAAGAAUGCUAAGCGUCUGAAGCUUGAUAUAAAGAAAGACUCGAAGGGCAUGGUUGCUGUAGAAAAUGCAACGGUUAUUCCUAUCUCUACUUUUGAGGAGUUAAAAAGCAUUAUUCAGAGAGGAUCAGAACGAAGGCACAUUUCUGGGACACAGAUGAAUGAGGAAAGUUCAAGAUCUCAUCUAAUACUUUCAGUUGUCAUUGAGAGUACCAAUCUUCAAACGCAGUCUGUUGCCAGGGGAAAGCUAAGUUUUGUGGACCUUGCUGGUUCUGAGAGAGUGAAAAAGUCUGGUUCUGUCGGUGAUCAACUUAAAGAAGCACAGAGUAUCAACAAGUCACUUUCUGCUCUUGGGGAUGUCAUUAGUGCUUUAUCUUCUGGCAGCCAACAUAUUCCUUACAGGAAUCACAAGCUAACAAUGUUAAUGAGCGAUUCACUUGGUGGUAAUGCGAAAACACUCAUGUUUGUUAACGUCUCUCCAGCUGAAUCAAAUUUGGAUGAGACCUACAACUCUUUAACAUAUGCAUCAAGAGUUCGGUCCAUUGUGAAUGAUGCAAGCAAAAACAUUAGCUCAAAAGAGGUGGUUCGAUUGAAAAAGUUGGUUGCAUAUUGGAAGGAGCAAGCUGGUAGGAGGGGAGAUGAGGAGGAUUAUGAAGAUAUUCAAGAGGAGCAAACAAGAAAAGACAGGACAGAUGGUCGUCACUCAAUGUAGAGUCCAUGCCUUGUGAAUUGGAUUAAACUAGAAUCUUCUUAAAUACAAUAUUUGAAUUUGUUGUACAAGAGCUUGGCAUUGAAUUUGAUUAGCAACAUCUGUUCACUAACUGUUACCUUUCUAUAUUUGUAGAUGGAUCAAAAGAGUUUUCUUGGUAGCUUUGUAUUUGAACUAUAUAUGUAUUUAUUCUAAAUACAACUUAAUUAAACAUAAA